AUGGCUUCUAUCCCCCAUUAUGACUAUCUGGUUAUCGGCGGAGGCUCUGGAGGUGUUGCUUCUGCUCGUCGAGCCGCCUCGUACGGCGCCAAAACACUGCUGAUCGAGGGCAAGGCGCUGGGAGGCACCUGCGUCAACGUGGGCUGUGUGCCCAAAAAGGUCAUGUGGAACGCGUCCGAUCUGGCGGGCCGAAUCCGACAGGCCAAGGAGUACGGCUUCCCCGACGUGGACCCCAAGUACGCCGACAACUUUGACUGGUCCGGAUUCAAGGCCAAGCGAGACGCUUACGUCAAGCGACUCAAUGGAAUCUACGAACGAAACCUCCAGAAGGAGGGCGUCGAGUACGUGUUUGGCUGGGCCACCCUCUACAAGCAGGAGGGCCAGGAGUUCCCCCUGGUACAUGUCAAGAGCGACGACGGCAAUACCAAGCUGUAUUCUGCCAAGAAGAUUAUGAUUGCCACCGGCGGAAAGCCCCGUCUGCCCGACGUGCCUGGAGCCGAGUACGGCAUUGACUCCGACGGCUUCUUUGCUCUCGAGACCCAGCCCAAGCGAGUGGCGGUGGUUGGAGGAGGCUACAUUGGCGUGGAGCUGGCUGGUGUCUUCCACGGACUCAACUCCGAGACCACCCUCUUCUGCCGAGGCCAGACGGUGCUCCGAGCGUUCGACAUCAUGAUCCAGGACACCAUCACCGACUACUACGUCAAGGAGGGCAUCAACGUGCUCAAGGGCUCCGGCGUCAAGAAGAUUGUCAAGAAGGACAAUGGCGAGCUGCUCGUCACCUACGAGCAGGAUGGCGCCGAGAAGGAUAUCACUCUUGACUCACUUAUUUGGACCAUUGGACGAGAGCCUCUCAAGGACACCCUCAACCUCGGCGAGUUUGGCAUCAAGACCAACAAGCGGGGCUACAUUGAGGUCGACGAGUACCAGCGAUCGUCCGUUGACAACAUUUACUCGCUUGGAGACGUUUGCGGCAAGGUCGAGCUAACCCCCAUGGCUAUUGCUGCCGGACGAAAGCUGUCCAACCGGCUGUUUGGUCCCACAGAGUUCAAGAACCAGAAGCAGGACUACACCGAUGUUCCUUCUGCCGUCUUUUCCCACCCCGAGGUUGGCUCCAUCGGUAUCACCGAGGCUGCCGCCAAGGAGCAGUAUGGCGAGGAGAACGUCAAGGUCUACACCUCCAAGUUUGUCGCCAUGUACUACGCCAUGCUCGAGGAGAAGGCUCCCACCGCCUACAAGCUGGUGUGUGCCGGCAAGGACGAGAAGGUUGUUGGUCUGCACAUUGUUGGCGCUGACUCUGCCGAGAUUCUGCAGGGUUUCGGCGUGGCCAUUCGAAUGGGAGCCACCAAGGCCGAUUUCGACAAUGUUGUGGCUAUCCAUCCCACUUCUGCCGAGGAGCUGGUGACCAUGAGAUAG